CAUCCAUCUCUUCUCAGCUGUACGUCACGUGCCAAGGACAGAGGUCAAGCGGCCACGACUCCAACGUCCUCAAUGUCGGCAGCGCGCGCUGGCGCGGGCGGCAGCGCGCUGCGGCGCCUCGCCUUCCUGCCCGCGGUGGCAGCGCUGGCGCUCGCGCUGCCGACAGCGACAGCGGCGGCGGCCGGCGGGUUCAGCUGCCGGGCCGGCGCGCGGCCGGUGGUGUUCAACUUCGGGGACUCCAACUCGGACACGGGCGGCAUGGCGGUGGCCAUGGGCUGGCACCUCACGCCGCCGGAGGGCCGCGCCUUCUUCCGCCACCCCACCGGCCGGUUCUGCGACGGACGCCUCACCAUCGACUUCCUCUGUGAAAGAUUGAACAUAAGCUAUCUGAGCCCGUUCCUGAAGGCAUUGGGUUCCAAUUACAGCAACGGUGCAAACUUUGCCAUUGCCGGUGCAACAACACUACCACGAGAUGUUCGAUUUUCGUUGCACAUACAAGUCCAGCAAUUCUUGUACUUCAAAGAUAGAUCCUUGGAGCUCAUCGACCAAGGUCUGAGUGGUCCAAUUGAUGCACAAGGGUUCCAAAAUGCCCUAUAUAUGAUAGAUAUAGGACAGAAUGAUGUAAACGCUCUUCUGUCCUACUUGCCUUACGAUCAAGUUCUUGCAAAAUUCACACCGAUCCUUGCUGAGAUCAAGGAUGCUGCUGAGACUCUAUAUAGCUACGGGAGCCGAAACUUUUGGAUACACGGGACAGGGGCUCUCGGUUGCUUGCCUCAGAAGCUCGCCAUACCGAGGAAAAACGACAGCGACCUUGAUCAAAAUGGCUGCCUCAAGACGUACAACAGAGCUGCAGUCGCGUUCAAUGCAGCAUUGGGCAGCCUUUGCGAUCAGCUGAGCACGCAGAUGAAAGACGCGACGAUAGUCUACACCGAUCUGUUCCCGAUCAAGUAUGAUCUUGUUGCCAACCACACAAAAUACGGCUUCGACAAGCCGCUGAUGACAUGCUGUGGGUAUGGAGGCCCCCCUUACAAUUACAAUAUCAACAAGAGCUGCCAGUCUCAGGAUGUGACUGCCUGCAACGAUGGCUCAAAGUUCGUCAGCUGGGAUGGAGUGCAUCUCACAGAGGCCGCCAACGCCGUUGUGGCGGCAGGGAUACUGAGCUCUCAAUACUCCAAACCCAAGCUCAAGUUUGAUCAGUUCUGCAGAGUCUGAUAGUAUUUCAUACCUGAUACUGUACCUUUUAGUUUAAAUGGAGAGGGCUGGCACUUCAGAGCCUAAAAGGGUGUACUUGCUUGCAAGAAGUUGAUUACUUGGUUUAUUUAUAGGGAAAAUGUGAAGUCAAUGAAAUAUUAUUUUGUUUUCCCAGCAGAGCAUGCUACCUGAAAUGAGUUGCCUGUUUGAUCCAUGAGUGAACUGUCAGCUAGAAGGCCUGUCUUCUUUGCUGAAGAAAUUGCGGGAGAAGUUCAAA